GAGAAAUUCAAGGCUCUCUACUUGCAUCUCCGGACUUAACAUUCUCACUGAACUUGCCUUGCCUCCCUCCAUCGCACCAAGAUGACUUACUGCUACCAGAACCAGUGUGAGGAUAGCUGCUACUCUCCCUGCAACUACAGGACCGUGUACAGCUACCGGAGCUACGACUGUGGAAGCCCUUGUGGCUACCGGGGCUACGGGGGUCUGUGCGGCUAUCGGGAUUGCUACCCCUCCUACAGCUCCCGCUACUGCUACCCCUCCUCUUCUUGCUACACCCGUAGAUACAGCUAUGGGAGCUGCUACCCCUGCUACCCCUGCUAAAUCCAGCCACAGGACAACCAGAUAGGAAAACAAACGGCAAAAUAGUGAUUUAUGGCUCCUGUAUGAAUUUUACCUUUGCUAAGAUCCCAUGACAGCAACUGCGGUCAGGAAUGGUCCUGCGUGCUUAGCAUCUUCUUCAAUGUCUGCAGCUAUUUUGAAUAACCUGCUUUUAGGGCCAACUCUUCCUUCAUAGCCUUUGUUGGUAGAUGUACUGUGUAUUUUAAUGUGUAGAUUCGCAACUGGAGAUGCAGACCAGAGCAGACACCUCAUCUUGUCAUAUGCUGUGCUGACAGCUCUGCUCUUCACCAAACACCACCGUGGUCCCAACAGCAUCUGUUGUGAAAUGUAGUAACUCUUUGUUUAAAGAAUGUAUGAAUCUCUGGAUGUUCUUAUUCUGUACUACUACAAGCUGUAACUGCUCUAUACAGUGCUUCUUACUCUCAUUAAAAGAUCUUGCAUCACAAUAA